CAACCCAACCCAACCCAACAACACUAACCAUUACCCACCAUGGCCAAGAAUACCAAGCUCCCGCGCGGCGUAAGAACCACCAAACCAUACAUCUGGAUCCUCGCCAUCAUCUGCGCAUUGCUCGCCGUGGCCGUCAUCCUCACCGGCAUGGUCGUCUUCAUCAUCUACAUCAUCUACCAACCCAGACUCCCUUACCUCAAAGUCCCAUACGCUCACCUCGACAAGCUCAUAUACGACCAGUCAGGCUCCCUUGACACUGAGCUAGCUAUCACCAUCGUCGCCGAGAACGGCAACGCGCGCGCUCACGCGAGCUUCUCUGACCUUGACUUCUUCAUCAAGUUCCACGGGAUCGAGAUCGCCGAGCUCGUUGCUGACCCGUUUGAAGUUCAGAAAAACAGCUCGCUCGUACUCAACUACAUGGUCCCGUCGGCGAUGGUGCCGCUAGACGAGGGAGCCAUGACGGCCAUGGACGCUGCCCUGCGCAGCGACCGUAUCCCCUUCGAUCUUGUUGGCUCGGCCAAGAUGCGCUGGCGCGUCGGCAUUUUCCUUUCGGUUAAGUUCUGGAGUCAUCUCUCCUGCCGCAUCGUCUUCUCCUACGCCAACAUGUCCAGUCUCGGUCUAGAUUGCAGUUCCAAAUCUCAUUAAUCCUGUAUAUAUAUAUAUAUAUAUAUGUACAUAUAUAUACACACCCUACAAAAGAAAA